AAGAAAGAGAUCGCUCGACGUAGCAUACACAUACACUUCUACUCUGUCAAACAGUCCGUGAGCGGUACUUAUAGAUGUUGUAUUCGGUGCCUCGCUAAUUUGAUGAUACACUCAUAUGGUUAUGCGUAAAUGAUAAACAUGAAUUCAGCAUUUGCAAUCCUUUUGGUUUUCGUUGGGUGCUGCAGUAACGUCGUAUUUUUGGAACUUUUAGUAAGAGACUUCCCAGGAUGUGGAAACAUUGUCACUUUCGCUCAGUUUGCAUUCAUUGCCUUAGAAGGGUUCAUCUUUGAAACGAAUUUUGGAAGAAAGAAACCUGCAAUCCCUAUCAGAAAUUAUGUUAUUAUGGUGACCAUGUUCUUCACCGUCAGCGUCAUUAACAAUUACGCCCUCAACUUCAACAUUGCCAUGCCCCUUCACAUGAUUUUCAGAUCUGGUUCUUUGAUAGCCAACAUGAUUCUUGGAAUCAUAAUUCUGAAAAAAAGAUAUACAGCAAGUAAAUACAUUUCAAUUGCUUUGGUGUCUGUGGGAAUCUUUAUCUGUACCAUCAUGUCUGCUAAACAAGUGAAUAUAGCGACAGGCACUACAGAGGAUGAAAGCACAUAUGCUUUUAUGCGCUGGCUUUUGGGCAUUGCUAUGUUGACCUUUGCCUUGGUCAUGUCUGCUCGGAUGGGGAUUUUCCAGGAGACACUGUAUAAGGAGUAUGGAAAGCACUCCAAAGAGGCCCUUUUCUAUAAUCAUUGCCUUCCAUUACCAGGAUUCUUGCUCUUAUCUACAGACAUCUACAACCACUGUCUACUCUUCAAUCAAAGUGCUCCUGUGGACGUCCCCGUGAUUGAACAAGCUGUUCCAGUGAUGUGGUUGUAUCUGCUGAUGAAUGUCAUAACUCAAUAUGUGUGCAUUCGGGGAGUGUUCAUCCUGACCACAGAGUGUGCCUCACUCACAGUUACGCUGGUGGUAACGCUACGGAAGUUCCUCAGUCUCAUCAUCUCCAUCUUGUACUUCCAGAACCCCUUCACUGCCUGGCACUGGGUGGGCACAGCAGUGGUAUUUCUGGGUACACUUAUCUACACAGAGGUCUGGACAAGUGUCCGGACUGCCCUCAGAAGCGACAAACCACCAAAGAAGGCAGACUAACGGAUAAAUGAGCACUCCUCCUCUGAAAAUAGUUUUGUGACUCCUCCCCUGGAUCGUCUGGAUGGAUGGACCUGCCUGAAUGUGCAGGCAUAGCCCUCAUUGGCACAGACCAUUGACAUUUUUCUGCCGUGGAAAUCUUUGGACCGUGGAUUAAAGGAUAAUGGCGAUGGCCUGUGUCAUUUGAUGUAAUGAAAAUAGUUUUACAAACAAUACAAACAUACUUUCUUAUGCUCAGUAACAAUGCUAAAAAGGGAAAUGUGGCAGGGGAAUAAUUCACCAAAGAACAUAGAAUUUGAUCUAAAAUUGAAAUCUGCUGAUGGCGUACAUGACGUCAUAAUUCAACUAACUGAAGAUGCUUAUUGGAUAGCUAUGGCAUUUCCAAGAGGUUACACCUCUCUGCUGCUGUUUGGUUUUCUGACACUGGUCUUGAAAAUCUCAAUCUCUGGGACUGUUCUUAACUUUUGUUCAAGGUAAUUUUAAUGUCUCUGUAUCUGUGCUUAACAACCUCGUAGGAAGAUGACUUUUUGAGAAGAUGAUAGCAUAGGUCAGACACCAUUACGAAGAGGUGUACAACUUUACGUAGCGUUUGUGAAGGUACAGAUUUGUGGAACAGAUUUUUCCUGUAUGACACACUGGUAACCAUGUAAACAACACAUUUGUUUGAGUUUGUCAAGACGUAAUACGAGCUAGCUAAGUGAGUUUACAAAUUGGUUUUAAGAUAUUGUCUGAGCACAGUCUUGAUGUAGCACUCCAUUACUUAAAUAAGAAUUACUGUAUAGAUGCAGUGAAGACUAAUCUUGAAUUUUUGUAUUAGUUUUUAUUUUAUGUCCAGCACUUUUUCUACAUAGAUCCAUAAGCAAUUCUAAAAAGAAAUAUAUGUUCUGUGUAUAUAAGAUCACUUUUGAAGCCGAAACAGAAGCAAGGGAUAUGUGUCUGCCAUAUACUGUAUCUGCAUAAGACCAUGAUUUUUACAUUGUGAAAUCAGAAUCAGAUGUCCGUAGACAGGAAUUAACAAUUUGUGCUAUUUCAUGUAUCCACUACUUCAACAGCUACACUCUGCAGGAAAUAUGAUAUACAGUUGUGGUCGGAGGUUUGCAUAAACUCAUAAUGGACAUGAAUGUCAUAGAAAUAUUGGGCUUGCAGUGAUUUCUUUGAACGGUUCUUUUUCUGGGGCAGAAUGAUUGUACAACAUACAUCUUAGAUAGAAAUAAUGUACUUGGUAAGGGACAUUUAAACAAAUAUUAGCUGUGAUUUAUGUAUCAUUUUCACUUUGUGUUGAUUUCAGAAAACCCCAAAUACAUAAAAAAAACUGUUAAAACAAAUGUUUUUUCUUCUAUUAAAGAUGUAUAUUGUAAAAUAAUUCUACCCCACACAAAAAACAGUUCAAAGAAUUCAUCGAAAGCCCUGUAUUGCCAUGACAAUCAUGUUCAUGACGAAUUAAUGUAAAACUUCCAACCAUGUAUGUAUGGGUGACGUAGUCCCCCCCCCGAACUAGACUUUUUAAAAUCAGAACAUUUACUGUGAUUCAUCUGUGUUUAUUUGGGAAUAUGGGAUGCUGACAAAAUAAAUCAGAAAAUACACUACUAA